CUAUGUAUCUACGUCAAUAAGGUAUGUUUCCAUAGCUACGUAAUCUAUAUUACAGCCAACAAUAUUUGUUUUCAUGGGAGAUGUGACUACUACUGUGACACUGGCCACGCCAUCUGUGGGCAUCCAGACACACUUGAAGGUAGUUUUGCUGUGUAUCUUCCGAUAAAGAGCCUCGCUCCCAGGAAAGUAUGGCGGCAUCCAUGGAGAAGGUCCUAUCACAAGCGACGGAAAGCAGAAUGGGAAAAAAAUGACGACUACUGCAACGUCGUCAGGAAAAAGCCACCGUACAACGACGGAAGACGACUCGUAGAUAUCAUGGAUAUGGCUGUUCUAGAUUUUAUAAUUGGGAACAUGGACCGCCAUCACUAUGAAACGUUUAAAAUAUUCGGAAAUAAUAGUUUCCCCCUCCACCUGGACCACGGAAGAGGGUUUGGAAAAGCCCACCACGACGAACUGUCUAUUCUUGCUCCUAUUUACCAAUGUUGUAUCAUUCGUCAAUCAACACUGAAGCGGUUGCUAGAGCUUCAUCUAGGCCCUCUCAGACUCAGCGACAUUGUACGGAAGUCGCUAAGUACCGAUCCGGUCUAUCCUGUUCUAACGGAGGCCCACUUAGUUGCCUUGGACCGACGACUUGGAAUAUGCUUGUCUACCAUCCGCCAAUGUUUACAAGAAAAACGACCAGACGAAGUUUUAAUAUAUAACGAUGAUUAACAACGAGGCUUAGAAACAGAUAUGGAAAAAUAAAGUGAUUAGUUUGGAUUCCAUAUGUGCUUCACGAACCUGGUACUAAACUUCUCAACGUCUGGAAAUUCGUGAGUUUCGUGUGUUCGGUAAAGUUUAACGUGAGAAACUGGUUCUGGAAAUUCGUGAGUUUCGUGUGUUCGGUAAAGUUUAACGUGAGAAACUGGUUCUGGAAAUUCGUGAGUUUCGUGUGUUCGGUAAAGUUUAACGUGAGAAACUGGUUCUGGAAAUUCGCGAGUUUCGUGUGUUCGGUAAAGUUUAACGUGAGAAACUGGUUCUGGAAAUUAGUGAGUUUCGUGUGUUCGGUAAAGUUUAACGUGAGAAACUGGUUCUGGAAAUUAGUAAGUUUCGUGUGUUCGGUAAAGUUUAACGUGAGAAACUGGUUCUGGAAAUUCGUGAGUUUCGUGUGUUCGGUAAAGUUUAACGUGAGAAACUGGUUCUGGAAAUUCGUGAGUUUCGUGUGUUCGGUAAAGUUUUUAAUGAGAAAGUUUAAAUAGAAAGACACUUCACACUGGUAGGUAGAAAUAAAUUGAAAUACGUGAGCAUUAAGUCACGUGACGUUCUUCUUGCACGUGCAUAAUAAAUCCGUAAAGUUAUAUAUUAUAACGCAGCUUCAAUGUUUGACUAACUUAGUGACAGUCAAAGUAACUAAUAAAGCAUCAUAUUUUACAACGGUUCUGGGAAAAGUUGUGAGUGUUUUAUAAUGAUAGAUUCUAUUUAAACAGCAUUUGUACGUUUUAAGAAGUACUUUAGAUAUGUGUUGAUACUAAUGUAUACCUGCCAAAUAUUGGCUACAGAUAUUUUACCCUCGAGAGAAAAUAAAACUUGACUUUUAGAUUC